AUGGCAAAACCCACAGCAGAGACUCCCGAUGGGGUCUUCUCCCUCCUUGAUACUGACCUCUACAAACUCACCAUGCAAUGUGCCGUCCUCAAAUACUUUCCAGAUACUGAAGUCGAAUAUGCUUUCACGAACCGCACACCGCAUAUGAAAUUUACCAGGGACGCCUUUUCGUGGUUGCAGGAACAGGUCGAAAAACUUGGCAGUAUCUCUAUAACAACCGAAGAGCUCGGGUAUCUACGACGGCAAUGCCCUUACUUUGGGGAGGCGUACCUUAGGUACCUGAGCUCGUUUCGGAUGAAACCAGAGGAGCAUGUCAAGCUAUCAUUCACGCCUUCAAAAGAGGACCCAGAAUGCGGAGAUUUGCAUAUCGCCAGUAAGGGGCUCUGGACCGAGACGAUUGUUUAUGAGAUCCCACUGCUUGCUUUGACUAGUGAGGCCUAUUUCAAAUUCUGCAAUAAGGAUUGGGAUCAUGAUGGUCAGGAGGAAAAGGCAUAUAGGAAAGGCCUGACGCUGCUUGAGCAUGGUUGUUUGGUCUCGGAAUUUGGGUCGAGGAGAAGGAGGGAUUACAAGACUCAGGAUCUGGUAAUGAAGGGGCUUUGUAGAGCUUCGAAGCAGGCCGAGGCGGCAGGACUCAAUGGGAAGCUGACCGGGACAAGUAAUGUUCAUUUUGCCAUGAAAUAUGGGAUUCCUCCAGUCGGAACUGUGGCUCAUGAGUGGUAUAUGGGAAUCGCUGCGAUCACCAAUAAUUAUGAGAACGCGAACGAGCUGGCAUUAAGGUACUGGCUGGGAACGUUCGGAGAAGGAGUCCUGGCCAUCGCUCUGACAGACACUUUCGGAACUCCAGCAUUCUUCGAAGCCUUCAAACGGCCGAUACCAACCACGGCUACAGCCGCACGCGGGGCGGCAGCUACCUCAGCUUCUGCGGCUUCAAGCACGAAGACUGCAGGAGUUGGCAGCCUCACAAACAUCAAACCGCCAGUCUCAGCCAACUCUGAGACUGAUCAUAACGUUCCCGGAGAGCGCUCAUAUGCAGAAGUCUUCAUAGGAGUCCGUCAAGAUUCUGGAGAUCCAGCAGAAUAUGUGAAGAUGACUCGGGACUUCUAUGAUUCCAUUGGAAUCAAAGGUCGUAAGACCAUCGUUUUCUCGGACUCCUUAGACGUCGAGCUUUGCCUCGAGUACAAGCACGUUGCGGAAGAGUUUGGAUUUCAGCCUUCGUUUGGAGUUGGAACAUUUUUCACGAAUGACUUCGUUCACAAAACCGAUGGAAAGAAGUCAGUACCGCUCAACAUCGUCAUCAAGCUGUCUCAUGCAAGCGGAAGGCCAGCGAUUAAGAUCAGUGAUAACAUUGGAAAAAAUACUGGGGACGAGAAGACGGUGCGCGAGGUCAAAGGUCGAUUGGGAUAUGUUGAGCAUGAGUGGAAAAAUGGGGAUGAAGCAGGACGGUGGGGGAAGAAGGAGGCUGAGACGGGAAAAUAG